CUAUGCGUUUGUACUAGUCUAUUGUCGCUGUUGUUAUUGUUGCUCAAGGAACCAAGGCUGCAUUAGCUCUUUUCCGACCUUUCAUUCAAUAAACAGGGUAUAGGCUAUAGACUACGUAGACCACAAUAUUAACUCUUUGCUAAAAAAAAGUCGUUGAACAGCAUACGGUCUGUUACAGCGCACGGUUGCGGUUUAAUGACGCUACAUUCCCCAUACGUCUCCUACCACCAGUGUUAUUCGAGGGCUAGGCCUUUGUUUGAUAUGUCACUUGAUUGAGAACUUUAAAAAAUUCUCAUCAUGACGUUGAAGGCCAUCAACCUGAAUCCACUCAUUCAUGCACUUACUGACUGGAGUUUAUUCUGUGCAUCUAUGUGCAUGUAAAUGGAUAGUUGACGAAACACUGGAUCCAUCUCAUCUUUUUUACAGUCGUGCGUGACUAAGUGCUAAAAAACGAUUCUGUAUAUCCGUGUUUCUGAAGCUGAGUCAAUAUUAGUUUAAUGUGUCACAUAUGUUCGUAUGCGCUAAUCUAUGACAGUGGUAGCCUUGAAUGCAGCUCAGUUGUGCCUUUCCAAGAUGGGGCUGUCUCCAAAUCGCUGACGGAACAGAUUGGGACUAACCAGACAGACAACUCCCUUACAUAAAACUGUGGGAAGAACGCUGUAGUCACAGCGCACCAGGUGUACCUUGAGCGUCAGGUGUGGACGAAGCCAUGCAUACGCUUUACAUUUAUGCACUAUUUUCAGUGGCCGUGCUCUCGGUCUCUCCGGGUUUGGCGCGGUCUCUCCGGGCGAAGCGAGGCUUGCUGGAGCUCGCCGGUGUUAUCAAAUGCAGUACGGGUAGACCGGCGGUGGCUUACAUGAUGUACGGGUGUUAUUGCGGGCUCGGUGGUCAGGGAUGGCCUCGAGACAAAGCGGACUGGUGUUGCCAUAAGCAUGACUGCUGCUAUGGGAAGGCAGAGGACAUGGGGUGCCAGAGCAAGACAGAUAAAUACACCUGGACCUGUGAGGGCCACAACCCCGACUGUGAAUCCAUGAAUGACAAGUGUGAGCGGAUGUUGUGUCGCUGUGACAGAGAGGCUGCCAGGUGUUUACAGAAAGCUCCGUACAGCCCCAAGUACUCGCUGUGGCCUGACUUCAUGUGUGGGACUGACCAGCCUGUGUGCGCUAACCGCUGACCAGCCUGUGUGCGCUUAUCGCUGACCAGCCUGUGUGCGCUUACCGCUGACCAGCCUGUGUGCGCUUACCGCUGACCAGCCUGUGUGCGCUUAACGCUGACCAGCCUGUGUGCGCUUAUCGCUGACCAACCUGUGUGCG